AUGGCCAAGUCAUUGUUGGGGUUUCUAAAUAAGGCUCUACUAAUGGCUGGAUCUGGCCCUGGUCCCAGUGUCCCCGGGCGGCCCUCCGAGGGGCCGCACGGGGCGCACUAUAAAUCGGCCUCUGCAGACGCAGGGGCACUGCAGGGCCCAGGGCUGCAGCGGCGGAGCAGGAUGGAGAUCCCGGUUCCUGUGCAGCCGUCUUGGCUGCGCCGCGCCUCGGCCCCGUUGCCCGGACUUUCGGCGCCCGGACGCCUCUUUGACCAGCGCUUCGGCGAGGGGCUGCUGGAGGCCGAGCUGGCUGCUCUCUGCCCCACCGCGCUCGCCCCCUACUACCUGCGCGCACCCAGCGUGGCGCUGCCGGUGGCCCAGGUGCCGACGGACCCCGGCCAUUUCUCGGUGCUGCUGGACGUGAAGCACUUCACGCCGGAGGAAAUUGCUGUCAAAGUGGUCGGCGAACACGUGGAGGUGCAUGCGCGCCACGAGGAGCGCCCGGAUGAGCACGGGUUCGUGGCGCGCGAGUUCCACCGCCGCUACCGCUUGCCGCCUGGCGUGGACCCUGCCGCCGUGACGUCUGCACUGUCCCCCGAGGGCGUUCUGUCCAUCCAGGCUGCACCAGCGUCGGCCCAGGCCCCACUGUCGCCACCGGCUGCCCCCAAGUAGGGGUUUGGACGCGCCCGAACCCCGGGAGCUGCCUCAGGUUCCCUUUUAAAGCCGAUCUGACUCCGCCCAGCCAGAUGUCCCAAGCGCGC